CACUCGCGCUCUUCAACCCAAGUAACUGUCUACCUUCUCUACUGCGGUAGCUAGCUAGAUCCCCUGUCUUCCUCGGUUGCACUUGGCGUCUCGACUGCCCUUCUGAGCGUCUAUAUAUUACUCAUCAUCCAAGAGCAAUUCAUCCUUCAGUUCAGGCUGACAAGCAGUUCACUAGUUUGCUACAAUGGAGGUCGUCACCGCUAGGACCGCCAUUGCCCUACUUCUCGCGCUCCUGGUCGCCACGAGCUUCCUUUGCGACGGCGUCCAUGGCCGCCACCACCACCACCACACGAAGCGGACCAACCACAGCUCCGCGCGCCCGCCGUCCCGGGCACCGGGGCCGAGACGAGCACCUUCACCAAGGCAUGCGUCUCCGCCUGCCCCGCCGGCAAGUCCAAUGCCUGUCGCUCCCGCGCCCGCGCCGGCGGACGACGACAGCGACGUCUACGACCUCAUGAAGGAUUUCGGCGCGGCCGGGGACGGCGUGACCGACGACACCGACGCGUUAAAGACAGCGUGGGACACCGCGUGCCAGGCCGACGGGGAGGGCGUCGUCGUCGCGGCCGCCGGGCACUCGUUCCUGGUGCACACCACCACCUUCACCGGGCCGUGCCAGGGCAGCGUCACGCUGCAGAUCGAUGGCACGAUCGUCGCGCCGAGCGACCCCACGACGUGGCCGGCCAACAGCAAGCGCAACUGGCUAGUCUUCUACAAGGCAGACGGCGUGUCGCUGACCGGCGCCGGCCUCAUCGACGGCAAGGGACAGAAGUGGUGGGAUCUCCCCUGCAAGCCUCACAAGGUAAGAACCGAUAUCAGGCUAAGUGACGACGAGCUCAGUGUACCGGAGACUAAGUUGCUCUGUUUAUCUUUCUUCCUUUUUUGCCAGGGAGGAAGCACGCACGGACCAUGUGACAGCCCAGUGGCGCUGAGGUUCUUCGAGAGCAACAACGUGACGGUGCAAGGGCUCAAGGUGCAGGACAGCCCGGAGUUCCACUUCCGGUUCGACAGCUGCCGCGGCGUGCACGUCAACGGCCUCUCCAUCAGCUCCCCCGCGCUGAGCCCCAACACCGACGGCAUCCAUGUCGAGAACACCCAGGACGUCCUCAUCACCAACACCGUCGUCUCCAACGGCGACGACUGCGUCUCCAUCGGCGCCGGCACCCUCAACGUACACAUCGAGAACGUUACCUGCGGUCCCGGCCACGGCAUCAGCAUCGGGAGCCUGGGGAAGCAGGGCUCGCGGGCGUGCGUGGCCAACAUCACGGUGCGGAACGCGGUGAUCCGGCACUCGGACAACGGCGUGCGGAUCAAGACGUGGCAGGGCGGCUCCGGGUCGGUGUCGGCGGUGACCUUCGAGAACGUGCGCAUGGACGCCGUGCGCAACCCCAUCAUCAUCGACCAGUACUACUGCCUCACCAAGAGCUGCGAGAACGCCACCACGGCGGUCUUCGUCUCCGACAUCACCUACGCCGGCAUCCGGGGCACCUACGACGUGCGCGGCCCGCCCAUACACUUCGGCUGCAGCGACGCCGUGCCAUGCACCAACAUCACCCUCUCCGGCGUCGAGCUGCUGCCGGCCUCCGGCGACACCGUCGACAACCCAUUCUGCUGGAACGUCUACGGCAACGCAACCACGCCCACCGUGCCGCCGGUCGCGUGCCUCAUGGAGGGCGUGCCUAGGAACGUGGAGGACAGCAGCAGUUUGAAGUGUUACUGAUGAUGAUCCACAUCCUGCCACCAUAUACCUACGUCCCUGCUUAGAGAUACAGUAAGAAUCAAAAUACAAGAGAAAGUAUAGCAUUAGAUUAGUGCAGAAAAAAGUAGCUUAAGCAAAGCAUAAAUUACUAUGUAUAUAUAAAAGGAUGGAAAUUUGCAACUGUACGAGAGGAUUUGUGUGAGAAUCACUAGAAAUACAUGUUUGAGUAUUGUGCUGCCAUA